AUGCAGCAGUCGUCGCGCAGUCAGCUAGUCGAGUCGAGCAGCAGCGAGCAGCAGCAGCAGCAGCAGCAGGACAGCAGCGGCACCUCGUCCCAGUCGCCACCGCCCCCGCCGAGCUCGAGCCUCUCCUGCAAGCCGGCCCUGGUCCCGGCCGUCUCCUCCUCGCGACAGGCCAAGAUCAGCUUCAGCGUCGACUCGCUGCUGAGCCGGAGCCGCUCCUCGCCCACGGUCACGGCCAUCAGUCGCCAGUUGCUGCAGCAGCACAUCGCCAACAGUCAGCGCAACAGCAACAGUGACAGUCGGGGCAACAACGGCGACUCGCCGACCAGACCCGACAGCCAAGCCUCACCGGACGGGGCUCGGGCCAGCGACGACGAGGCCAUCACCCCCUGCAGCGAUGACGAGAACCUCUGCGUCGACGACGACUCGGACGAGGAGCGGCCCUCGAGCCAGGAGCAGCCGCUCAAGGCCUGCCCGCUCGUGCCCCAGCCGAUCCACCCGGCGGUGGCGAGGUCCUUUGCCGCCUCGGGCCCGGCUGCCGCAGCCUCGGCCUGGCCGCAAGCCGGGCCGCCUCCGCCGGGAUUCCCGCACGGAUUGCCGGGCUUCGCGUGGCUGCCCCACCUACCCAACCUCCACAGCCACAUGUACGCGGGCCACGCAGGACACGCCAGUCCCAACGGUGAGCUGGGACUAGCCGGACCGGGGCCAGGACAAGUGCGCUGCACCCUGAGGAAGCACAAACCAAAUAGGAAGCCCAGGACGCCGUUCACGAAUCAGCAGCUGCUCUCGCUGGAGAAGAAGUUUCGCGAGAAGCAGUACUUGACGAUCGCCGAGAGGGCCGAGUUCUCCUCGUCGCUGCAUCUCACCGAGACUCAGGUGAAGAUAUGGUUUCAGAAUCGCCGGGCCAAGGCGAAGCGGCUCCACGAGGCCGAGAUCGAGAAGCACAGGCUGUCGGCCCGACCGCUGCUCUACCCGAGCUUCGGCUCUGCGGCCGGCCUCGUGUUCCCUCCGCCGGGCGCGGCGGCCUCGAUGCCCCCGUUCAUCGCUGCCGCCAUGGCCAGGAACUCGCAGGCGGCCGCUGCCAUGGCGAGGAACAGCCAAGCGGCAGCCGCGGCCGCGGCCAUGUUCAUGCAGCCGCCGUCGCAUCGGCCCUAGCACGAGCCAGCAGCAGCAUCGGCGCAGCGCCAGCAGCAUUGCCUGAUCUCAGCGAAAGCUCUCGGACUGUAGCGAGCUCGAAUCGCUCCACCGAGAGACUGAAUUACGACGUACGAAAGCACGUAACUUUUAACGCGUCUCUCAUUGUCGGCUUAUACAUAGUGUACAUAUACAUACGACCUAGGGAUAUUUUCGACAAGUUUUCCGUGAUACGAAAACAAAGUGAUUUCGCGCGCGGCUAUACAUGUACGCGCAAAAGCUUGUUGUCAAGCAACCAAAGCAUUUGCGGACGGAAUUUCGUAUACUACUCGAGUGGGCACUUUCUGUUUGUUUUUUUUUUUCGUUUUUUUGUCAUUAGUAUCGAGCAUUGAACGAGCUGCCAUGCCGAUUAGACAUGUCGUUUGGUUGAGUAGCUGCAGCUGCGCCACGAAAUUUUUGCUUUUUUCCACCGAUUUAAAAUACAAAUGUUGAUUUCAACGCGGCACGAGCACGCGUUGUGCCUAUAUACGAAGCGCACAUAAUGUGGGCCGACUACGCGAUCCUGUAAAUAUUGUAUUUAAGCUAACGAGCCUAUAGUGUCCGAGUGUGUGUGCAUGACUGAGUACUCGUGUAAAAUCCAUGACAAAUCGAUCGCGAGUAAAAUUUGUAUAAAUUGUAACAUGACAUGGCGACGCGUACGAGCACGAUGAAUAAUUUAUUUAUACUACGUAAAUAGAAAUUCGACGUCGCGUGCUAAACAGUGAUUGAACAAAAGUGAUUAUUUCAAUUACACAUUUAUAUAUGUAUAUGGAUAAAAAAA